CACUAGUACUUAUUACACCAUUACCAUGCUCACGUGCCGUUAACUCCUCCGUUAAAUCACUACAUAACACCGUUGCUUCUUCCCACUUCACUAUAACCUUAAACUGUGAACUGUCCCACUAGCCUGUGAACUGUCCCACUAGCUAAACCCAACAAAACAAACAAACACCAACCCUGUUUUUUCUUUCUUUUAUUCAUUCAAAGCGAGACACCAACAAGGUAAAAUAGGAAAGGAGAUUGAUUCACAAGGUGGAGCUAAGAAGAUGAAGCCCCUUUUCAUAUUGUUCAUGUUUCUGUUCACCUUGGUUUCUCUCGUGGAAUCUUCUUGUCAAGACCAGAAGCUGGUAAUAAAGGCCUUCCAAUCUGUCUCUGGAUUCAACUCUUCCUGGUUCAACAAAACAGGUUCUUCUUCUUCUUCAAACUGUUCAAGUUCCCAGAUUAGGUCCAUAGAGCUUCCAUCAAAAAACCUGAGAGGAAGCAUCUCAUGGAAGUACCUGAAGAACAUGACCAAGCUGGAGAUUCUCGAUUUAUCUGGGAACUAUCUACAAGGCCAGAUACCAAACUGGUUCUGGGAAAGCUCAAGCUUACUAGUAGUAAACCUCUCAAAAAACUGGUUAGGAGGAAGCAUUGCUUUGAAUUCAAAACCCACUUCCCAAAACGGUUCCAUUCCAAUUUCAUCACUUCAAUCACUCAAUCUCUCACACAACAGGUUCACCAAUCUGCUUCACCUCUCUGCUUUUUCCAACCUUAAAAGCCUCGACCUCUCACACAACAACCUAGGAACCUUACCUUCUGGGUUCCAAAAUCUCACCAAACUACACCACCUUGAUCUCUCAAGCUGCAACAUUAGAGGAAGCAUAAAACCCAUUUCUUCUCUUCAAUCACUCUCCUACCUGGACUUGUCAGACAACAGUUUCAACGGUAGCUUCCCCUCUGAUUUCCCUCCUCUGAAACUCAUCAAAUUCUUCAACAUCUCACAUAACAACUUCAAAUCCUUGGUUGAUUUAGACAAGUUCAAGAAAUUCGGGAAAUCAGCAUUUAAUCACGCCGGCAACAACUUCAGCGUUUCCAAAACACCAACCCUUCAUUCAAUUCCAACCCCGCCGCACCACCUUCAACAAAAACCAAAACCCAUUCACACCGAGAAGUCAAAACCCAAACCGCAUGAACGUCGUCACAAGUCAAAGCACAAAAACAGAGCCAUGAUUGCUGCGGUGGUGUCCUCUGCUUCAGGGGUCGUGGUUGUUGUUUUCUGCGUGCUGGCAUUCUGCGGUUACCGGAGGAAGAGGGAAAAUGCGAAGAGGAGCAAGUGGGCAAUCUCGACGCCCAUGAUGGCGGUGAGCGGCGUGAAGAUGACGGAGAAGUCAGGGCCGUUCGCGUUUGAGACGGAGUCAGGGACGUCGUGGGUGGCGGACUUGAAGGAACCGUCGGCGGCGGCGGUGGUGGUGUUUGAGAAGCCGUUGAUGAAUCUGACAUUCUCGGACCUCAUGGCUGCCACGUCACACUUCGGGAAAGACUCGCUUCUAGCUGAGGGAAGGUGUGGGCCCGUGUAUCGUGCUGUACUUCCAGGUGACAUCCACGUGGCGAUUAAGGUCCUUGAAAAUGCUAGAGACGUUGAUCAUGAUGACGCUGUCAACACCUUCGUUGACCUUUCGCAGCUUAAGCAUCCUAAUCUCUUGCCUCUCUCUGGUUACUGCAUUGCAGGGAAGGAAAAGCUGGUGUUGUACGAGUUCAUGUCAAACGGUGACUUAGGAAGGUGGCUGCACGAGCUACCCACGGGGGAGACUAACGUGGAAGAUUGGAGCGGCGACACAUGGGAGAUUCAAAACGGCGUCGUUUCACGAGCCUCACCUCCAGAAAAAAUGGGGUGGCCAACACGACACCGUAUAGCCGUAGGGGUAGCGCGUGGCUUAGCAUUCCUCCACCACGCCGGAUCGAGGCCCGUCGUGCACGGCCACCUCGUGACCUCCAACGUCCUCCUCGCCGACGACUUCGAGCCACGAAUCGCAGAUUUCGGGUUCCGGAAGUUCGGGAACCGGCAAUGCCCGCCGAAUUGCAGCACGGAAACGGACGUGUACUGCUUCGGGGUUGUGCUGAUGGAGCUUCUGACGGGGAAGUCCGGCACGGCGGAAACGGUGGUUUGGGUGAGGAAGCUGGUGAGGGAGGGCCACGGAGUGAGGUCAUUGGACGAGAGGCUCCAACUUGGUGGCGGUGACUCGGAGAGUGAGAUGCUGGAGAGCCUCCGAGUCGCGUACCUGUGCACCGCCGAGUCGCCGGGGAAGAGGCCCACCAUGCAGCAGGUGUUGGGCCUACUCAAAGACAUUCAUCCUAGCCGGGGAAUUGACUGAGUUGGCUCGGGUAAUAACUCGUUCCCGUGCUGUUUUUUUGGACUGUUCCAAGUUCCAACCAAUUUUCAAUGCCCACGCGCGUUGGAUAAAGUAACAUGGAUGAGUAAUUUCUCGUUACAUAUAGGAGGUGGUGAUGGUUUUGGAUCAUUUUUUUGAGUUAUUUAUGAUGGUAAUGAUUGCAAUGUAUAUACCAAAAAGUUUGGGAACGAAAAAGAAAAAGUGAGGAGUAUAAAAAAAAUUGGACAAAAUGAAGUGGGGUAGGACUAGGAGAGGACUGUGAAUUCAACAUGAAUGGGAGUGCUAUUGUUGUGUACUAGUGAUUUUUUUUGUUUUGUUUUGUUUUUGGGUAAGCAUGCAUAGGGCAGAGAUUCCCACACUUAUUACUUGUCUCUUCUAAGAGAGGCUUCAUCAUUUUUUUCUAUGUUUUUUAUUCACUUUUUGUUUAAUCUUUUCUUUUAAUUUUUAUUUUGUUUUACUCUC